CAGGCUUAUUGUGCCUUGCAGUGGGCUCGCCCCAUCAGCCAUGGCUUGGGUGGCUGCAGUGGCCAUGGCCUGUUGCUCUCGGGCGGCCCGCCUUUGCCUGUCCAGAUGCAUCUCUAGUAUCAGGCACACGCCUUGCAGUGGGCUCACCCCAUCAGCCAAGCCUCGCAUGACUGCACUGCCCAUGCUGCUGCCAGGGCUGCUGGUGGCCCUCGUUCUUGGCGGCGCUGCCAUUGCACUCAUCCCUAUCAUCAGCAAGACGCCACUUGGGAUGGAUGCCUGGCGUGCCACCACCACCGCAGCCGAUACUCCUAUCUUCGUGCUUGUCUCUGGCAUCGCCACUCCCAUGGUACUCCUGUGGUGGAUGGGCAUGACCCUCACGCAAGGCAGAGCAUGGGCGCAUCAGCAGGGCUUGGCUCUGAUGGCUGGGCUGACGGUUGGGCUGUUGAAACUGAUGAAGCUGAAGAGUGCAAACAAGUGGCCUGUGCCACGAGGAAUCUUCCCUCUACUGCGCAGCACCGUAAAUCGUGCCAGUGCCUGGAUCCAGAGAGCGGGUGAGGUUAUUGGGACGGUCACUGUGGGUAUGGCUGGGAGACACAAGAUGAGUGAGGCGAAGGAGUUGAGCAUGAGGGCGAUUGGCGUGCAGCUAGAAGAGACAAGGAGGGAGCUGGCUGUCGCUAGGGAGGAAUUGGAGGAGGCUGAGAGUCGGACAGAAGAGGGGUUGAGAGAGUUGCGUGAGUUCAGGGAGGAGCUGGCAGAACUGAAGAGGGCGCUCAGGGAGCAGAAGGAGCUGGUGGUAACUCAGUUGGAGGAGGCUGAAGAAAGAAAGGCAGCGGAAUUGAGAGAGCUGAGAGAACAGGUGGAGGAGAGGAAGAGGGGUUUGGAAGAGGCUGAGAGGAGACGAAUGGCGGAGACGAGUGAGAUGAGAGGGCAGGUGGAAGGGAGGGAGAGGGAGCUGGCUGCAGUGAAAGGGGAGAUGACAAAUCAAGUCAGCGUCACGGGGGACUGA